AUGGGCACCGUGGGGGGUCUGGACGGCCGGGAACUUUGCGAGGGGAGGCAGUCAUUCAUGGUGUCGGGUGAGCCGUGUGAUUCUCGCCGCGGCAUGGAGCGGAACCCGGCGGCUUACCCGCCUGACAAUGCGCUUCCGGGGACGCUGUGCGCCGCGGAGAGGAGCUGCUUGCUAAGAGGAUGUGCCCGCGGCGCCCAGGGCGUGUGUCGCGCGUACACAGGGGCUCCCUGCCGGCUGUCCUCCCGCCCUCCGAGGAACCCCUACCAUGCCGCCCUCCCUCUGGAUCGAAGGUGCCCGAAGCCCCCGGGGUCUCCAGCAUCGCCCCUUUCCUGCACUCCAGCAGGCCCCUCUCGGCGGCCAGGGCUGCUUGGGCCGGUGAAGGAGUGCGAAGAGGACCAGUUCCGGUGCCGGAACGAGCGCUGCAUCCCCUCCGUGUGGAGAUGCGACGAGGACGACGACUGCUCGGACAACAGCGAUGAGGACGACUGCCCCAAGAAGACCUGUGCGGACAGCGACUUCACCUGUGACAACGGCCACUGCAUCCCCGAGAGGUGGAAGUGUGAUGGCGAGGAGGAGUGUCCUGACGGCUCCGAUGAGUCCGAGACCACGUGCACCAAGCAGGUGUGUCCCGCAGAGAAGCUGAGCUGUGGACCCACCAGCCACAAGUGUGUGCCUGCCUCAUGGCGCUGCGACGGGGAGAAGGACUGCGAGGGUGGAGCAGAUGAGGCCGGCUGUGCUACCUCACUGGGGACCUGCCGUGAGGAUGAGUUCCAAUGUGGGGAUGGGACUUGCGUCCUUGCAGUCAAGCGCUGCAACCAGGAACAGGACUGUCCAGAUGAGAGUGAUGAAGCCGGCUGCCUGCAGGAGUCAACUUGUGAGGGUCCCCGCAGAUUUCAGUGUAAGAGUGGCGAGUGCGUGGACGGCGGGAAAGUGUGUGAUGCUCAAAGGGACUGCCGGGACUGGUCGGAUGAGCUUCUGAAAGAGUGUGGACUGAACGAGUGUCUGUACAACAAUGGUGGCUGUUCUCACAUCUGCACUGACCUCAAGAUCGGCUUUGAGUGCACGUGCCCAGCUGGCUUCCAGCUCCUGGACCAGAAGACCUGUGGCGACAUUGACGAGUGUGCAGACCCAGAUGCCUGCAGCCAGAUCUGUGUCAAUUACAAGGGCUACUUUAAGUGCGAGUGCCACCCUGGCUAUGAGAUGGACACACUGACCAAGAACUGCAAGGCUGUCGCUGGCAAGAGCCCGUCCCUAAUCUUUACCAACCGGCACGAGGUGCGGAGGAUAGACCUGGUGAAGAGGGACUACUCGCGCCUUAUCCCCAUGCUUAAGAAUGUUGUGGCGCUAGACGUCGAAGUUGCCACCAAUCGCAUAUACUGGUGUGACCUCUCCUACCGCAAGAUCUAUACUGCCUACAUGGACAAGGCCAGCAAUCCGGCAGAGCAGAAGGUCCUCAUUGACGAGCAGCUGCACUCUCCAGAGGGCCUGGCAGUGGACUGGGUCCACAAGCACAUCUACUGGACCGACUCAGGCAAUAAGACCAUCUCAGUGGCCACAGUCGAUGGCGGCCGCCGAUGUACUCUCUUUAGCCAUGACCUCAGUGAACCCCGGGCCAUCGCUGUCGACCCCCUGCAAGGGUUCAUGUAUUGGUCUGACUGGGGGUACCAGGCCAAGAUCGAGAAGUCUGGGCUCAAUGGUGUGGACCGGCAAACACUGGUAUCAGACAAUAUUGAAUGGCCCAAUGGAAUCACCCUGGAUUUGCUGAACCAGCGCUUGUACUGGGUAGACUCCAAGCUGCACCAGCUGUCCAGCAUUGACUUCAGUGGGGGCAACAGAAAAAUGCUGAUUUCCUCCACUGACUUCCUGAGCCACCCUUUUGGGAUAGCUGUGUUUGAGGACAGGGUAUUCUGGACAGACCUGGAGAAUGAGGCCAUUUUCAGUGCAAAUCGGCUCAAUGGCCUGGAAAUCUCCAUCCUGGCUGAGAACCUCAAUAAUCCACAUGACAUUGUCAUCUUCCAUGAGCUGAAGCAGCCAAGAGCUGCAGAUGCCUGUGAUCUGAGUGCCCAGCCCAAUGGAGGCUGUGAGUACCUGUGCCUUCCUGCUCCUCAGAUCUCCAGCCACUCUCCCAAGUACACCUGUGCCUGUCCUGACACAAUGUGGCUGGGCCCAGACAUGAAGAGAUGCUAUCGAGCACCUCAAUCUACCUCAACUACGACGUUAGCCUCUACCACGACGAGGACAGUAGCCGCCACCACAAGAACCCCUGGGACCACCGUUCACAGCCCCACCUACCAGAACCACAGUGCAGAGACACCGAGCCUGGCAGCUGCAGUCCCAAGCUCAGUUAGUGUCCCCGGAGCUCCCAGCAUCAGCACGUCUACUCCAAACCCUGCAACCAGCAACCACUCCCAGCGCUAUGGGAAUGAAGGUGGCAAGAUGGGUUCAACAGUCACUGCUGCUGUUAUUGGGAUUAUCGUGCCCAUAGCGGUAAUUGCCCUGCUGUGCAUGAGUGGCUACCUGAUCUGGAGAAACUGGAAGAGGAAGAACACCAAGAGCAUGAAUUUUGACAACCCAGUGUACAGGAAAACAACAGAAGAAGAGGAUGAAGAUGAACUCCAUAUAGGGAGGAAUGCUCAGAUUGGCCAUGUGUAUCCUGCAGCAAUCAGCAGCUUUGAUCGCCCACUGUGGGCAGAGCCCUGUCUUGGGGAGACCAGAGAACUGGAAGACCCAGCCCCUGCCCUCAAGGAGCUUUUUGUCUUGCCGGGGGAACCAAGGUCACAGCUGCACCAACUCCCGAAGAACCCUCUUUCCGAGCUGCCUGUCGUCAAUUGCAAGCGAGUGGCAUUAAGCCUUGAAGAUGAUGGGCUGCCCUGAGGAUAGGACCACCUCCUUCGUGCAUCAUGGAACUUAGUCCCAUGCACUCCUCUGGAUGGUGUGUGACUGGAUUGAUGAGUUUCUAUAUAUGGGUCUGUGUGAGAGUGUGUGUGUGCGUAAUUUUUUUUAAUUUAUGUUGCAGAAAGGUAACCACAAAGUUAUGAACUGCAAACAUCCAAAGGAUGUGAGAGUCUUUAUAUGUAUAAUGUUUUAUACACUUUUUAACUGUUGCACUACCCAUGAGGAAUUCAUGGAAUGGCUACUGCUGAGUGACUAACAUGACGGACAUAACCAAACAGGGGCCGAUGGUAUAGUACCUUACUCAUCACUUAAAAACUAUAUUUACAGAGGAUGUUUGAUUUUGGGGGGUUUUUUAGGUUUGGGGGUUUUGUUUUUUUGUAAAUAAAAUGAUUAUGCUUUGUGGCUAUCCAUCAACAUAAGUAAAAAAAGAAAAAACACUUCAACUCUCUCCCCCAUUUAGAUUAUUUAUUAACAUAUUUCAAAAAUAAGAUUAGUUCUAUAAAUAAUUUAGAGAAGUGAGAGUAUUUAUUUUUGGUAUGACUGGCCCACCACACAGACUCUGGUGUAUAUGUGUGUGUUUACGUGUGUAUGUGUGUGAGAGAGAAAAAUCUAUAGAGAAGAGGCACAUCUACGGCUAUUGUUCAAAUACAUAAAGAUAAAUUUAUUUUAAAACAGUCCACAAGAGGGGCAUUUGUAGUUUUCAGAGAAUUCUUUGGAAAUUUGGCUCAGAAAACAGAUACCAUGGUUUGUGCAAAUAUGUAGUGGAAGAGGCAGAUCUUUUCACCUCUGGCUAUUCCUGGGACCCCAGUGAGUCAGAAAGAGCCUUUCAGCCCACUCGUGGCUGCUGUGACUUCCACCUGGGCUUUCUUAUCUGUAGCUAAGGCCAGUGUACAGACAUUACACAGUGCUAGAAGCUCUCGUGAGUUCAAGACAGAACAUACCUAAACCUUAGCUACUCCUUAUUUUAAAGUUCAGCUCUUUGGGUAACUUCAGUUUCCUUCAGGACACUUGGGUAAAUUCAUUGUUUCCUCUGAAGCACCCUGAAGGGUGCCAUCCUUACUUAUAGGGCUAAGUGGAGACAUUUCCAGUACAGCCCAAGUUUCCUGUAGGAACUGGCUCCGACACUGAACCUCUGAGACAUGCUGUGGAAGAGGAUAAAGAAGGUGGAAAAGAUUUUAUUACAUCUCUAUUUCUCCCUUCCCCUUACUCUCUACCAUUUCUUCAGGUGGGGAAAACAUUUUAAAGAAAUAAAGAGGUUUCUUACCAUCAUAUGUUCAUAUAGAUGAAACUAAUUUUUGGCUUAAGUAAGAAAAACCAGCCAAAUCUGAAGUCAUAUUUGAGGAGGAAAUGGCAUAUGCAAUAUUAUAGCAUAUUGGAUAUAUAUGUCACACAGGGAUUUGGUUUACUGCUUUGUAAAUAAAAGGAAAAACUCCAGGUAUAUGUAUAGAUUUUUUUCAUUAUGGACACCUUUGCUUUUC